GUAGUAACGCCGUCGUUCAUAUUCUUCACCCCCGCAGAAACCCUAAGCUUUUCGAGCAAGCUACAAUGGCGGCUCCCUCUAAAGUCCUGCUCAAAAAUCACCUCUCCACCUCCUCCGAACUCCUCAACCGAGCUCUUCGCUCCGCUCGCCUCUCCUCCGGCGCGCCUCGCCUCUUCAACACCAGCGCCGCCGCUCUCACUGACUCCGAUUGCUCUGAUGACGAGGAUUUCGGAGCUUCCUACGGCGUUGAUCCCCGCUCCGGCCGCCGUUCUCCGUUCGUCAGCUGCUUGAUCGCUCCAUUCUCCAGCGAUGCGUUUCUUCCGAUGUCUGGGAGAAGCUUGAUGGAGGCGAUGGAGAUGAAGGAAUCUCCGGCUGCGAAGGGCUUGCUGACGUCUCGCGCGGCCAACUACAGCGUCACGGACAACAAGGCGGACGGGGUUCAUCUGAGGUUCGAGAUGCCGGGGCUGGGAAAGGACGACGUCAAGGUUACGGUGGAGCGUGUUGGGCCCCCACUGCAAAUAAAUGGAAAGAAAAUAAAAGAGAGCACACAAAUUUUUAACGUGGUUCGGCAGCUCAAGACCUACUCCACGACCUCUUCUGGGAUAAAAUUUCACUAGUAAUUUUUGCACGGAAAAAUUACAAACCCUCUCUAAUAUUUGACACUCACAACCUAAAAUCUAAUACACAAUUAUAUAGAUUGAAGGAUUGUGUUGUGUGAUGGAAGCCUAUAUCUCCUAUUUAUUUAUAAGCUCCAAUCCCUCCUCAAUUUUCCUAUCCCACCGAUGUGGGACUUUGAAGUAACACUCAACAAAUCUUCCCUUAAUUC